CGUGGCGCUGCCCAGGCUUCUGCGCAGUGUCCUUUUCUCCUGGUUUGGUGCAUUGUCCGUCAGGUCAGCUCCAAGUUCAAGGAACGGGAACACCUGGAGUCUUCUCAAAAGGACUACACAAGGAAAUAAUGCUGAGGAACUACAGGAACCUGGUCUCAUUAGGCACUACCUGCUGGAUUUCUGGAGGAGCAGAGGGAUCAGAGUUUGUUGGCCCUAUUGUCUUUUCAUUGCUUUCUGUCCAGCCUGGGCACUAUUUAGUAGACUAUAGAUUCUCUGCCUGAAUUUGAAUGGAUUUGGUUCCUAAGGAGGCAGAUUUGAACCCUAGCAUAAAGAUCCCAGAUGAGGAGACAUUGUCCAUGAACAAGGAGAUGGCCACUUCUAGGAGUACUCAUGGUCCACAUUUACAAGAUCAAGAUGAGGUUCUGAGAAUGACUUUUUCUGAGGAACAUGAAACCCUUCUAAAAAGAAAUACAUUUGAUGCUGCAGUCUCUCAUCGUAACUUCAGACACUUUCAGUACGCAGAAGCAGAUGGACCCCAUAAAGCCCUAGGCCAACUUCGAGAGCUCUGCCAUCAGUGGCUGAGGCCAGAUAUUCACACCAAGGAGCAGAUUCUGGAGAUGCUGGUAUUAGAACAGUUUUGGGCAAUCUUGCCUGGAGAGAUCAGGACUUGGGUAAAGUCACAUCAUCCACAGAAUGGGGAAGAGGUGGUGAACCUGAUAGAGGAUUUGACCCAAAUGCUUAAGGAGGAAGUUCUGCCUUCUCAGGACUCUGUCCUUCCCCAAGAAGAGGAGAGAAUAGGCCCUGAAUUCAUGACAAUCAAUUCCCAGAAAUCAAUGGAAUUCAAGGAUGUAGCUGUGGAUUUCACCUUGGAGGAGUGGGAACAGCUACACUUUGCUCAGAGGGAACUGUACAAGGAUGUCAUGCUGGAGAACUAUAGGAACCUAGUCUUCCUAGGGCUGUCAGUUUCUAAACCAGAUGUCAUCACCCAGUUGGAACAAUUGCAAGCACCAGUGAUACUGGAUAAAGAAGUCUUAAGAUGUCCCUCUCCAGAUAGGGAGACUGCUUCAGAAAUUAUGGAGUUAAUUCCAAAGCAAGACAUUGCUUUGAAAGAGUUAGCUCAAGAAAAACUCACAAGGGCUGGUUCCUCGGUCUACAAUUUGGAAACACCUACAAAGUGUGAAAUCAAAUUAGAGAAACAAGACAACCAAAAGAAACAUUGCCAGCAAAUAACAGUUGGCAACAAGAAAACUUUUAAAAAGGUGAGCAGCUAUGAAUGUAAGACAUUUGGGAGAAACUUAAGUUUGGGACAAAUCCUUGCUCCCCAAGAGAGAAUUUCUUCAGGAAAAAGUCUCCAUAAAUGUGAUACACACUUAAGAAACUUCAAACAGUAUUCUGUGCUCAAACCAACUAAAUGUAAUCAAGUCCCUACAUCAGGGAAAAAACCUUAUAAGUUUAAUGAAUUUAAGAAAAUGUUUAUUCCCCACUCAGACCUUAAUGAAUAUCAUAAAAAAACCUCUGGAGAGCUACCAUACAAAUGUGACAGAUGUGGGAAAGUCUUCCACUGGAAGAGACAUCUUGUUCAACAUCAAAAAAUUCAUACUGGAAUAAAAACCUAUGAAUGUACUGAAUGUGGGAAAACUUUUAGGCACAGCUCAUCUCUUCCUGCUCAUCAAAGAAUUCAUACUGGAGAGAAGCCCUAUAAAUGUAAUGAAUGUGGAAAAGCCUUCAACUAUAGUUCAUCAUUUUUUGAACAUCAAAGAAUCCAUACUGGAACAAAACCCUAUGCAUGUAAUGUGUGUGGUAAAGCCUUUAACCAUAGCUCAUCACUUACUGAGCACCAGAGAAUUCAUACUGGAGAGAAACCCUAUGAAUGUAAUGAAUGUGGGAAAUCCUUCAGUCAGAUGGGACAUCUUACUAAACAUCAUAGAAUCCAUACUGGAGAAAAACCCUACACAUGUAACGAAUGUGGAAAAUCCUUCAGUUGGAGUGCAGACCUUACUCAGCAUCAGAGAAUUCAUACUGGAGAGAAACCCUAUGAAUGUAAUGAAUGUGGGAAGGCCUUCAGGUGGAACACAUACCUUACCCAACAUCAGAGAAUCCAUACUGGAGAGAAACCCUAUGCAUGUAAUGAAUGUGGAAAAGCCUUCAGGCAAAAGGGUCACCUCACUCAACAUCAGAGGAUCCAUACUGGAGAAAAGCCCUAUCAAUGUAAUGAAUGUGGGAAAGCCUUCAGUGUCAGUUCAUCUCUUAUAAAGCAUCAGAAAGUUCAUUCUGGGGAGAAACCUCAUAAAUGAAAUUAAUAUGGAAAAUCUUUCAAGUAUAGUUCAGUUUUUCUUCACCUAUAAGAGAACCAUGGAAUAACAAAAGGAGGAUUUCAUAUCUUCUAUUAACGGCUUAUUUUUUAAAAGGAGUUAUCUUUCAUGAAAUUUGGGGGCACUUGUUUAUUAGAAUUAAUUAUGAUCUUUUUUUAAAUAAUAAGAACAUCUUAUUUUCUAUUUCCUUAGUUUUCAAGUGUAUGUGAGGGGGUCAGAAAACUCCACUAAAGAGACAAGUCUUUCUAGCUCUCGAACUUUGAAAAAAGAAACUGAUCCCUUGGUCCUCAGAUAUUUUAACAAAUAACAAAGGGAAAGGCAGUGGUAUAGUGGAAAGAACACCAGACUUGGAAUCAGAAUAUCAAGUCUUGGGUCUGCUACUUACUGCAUGUGUGACUUUGGGUAAGUCAUUUAGCAUCUCUGGGCCUCAGUUUCUUCAUCUGUCAAAUUAGGAAGUUAAAUACAAUGAUCUCUAAGGUUCCUUCCGUUAAUAGAAGAUAUGAAAUCCUCCUUUUGUUAUUCUUUGUGUGUAGAAAUGUUCAUGUUCCUUAAUGUUUGUGAAAUUAGUAACAAAAAAAGACCAACUUGUCAAGCAGGCUGGUUUUCUCAUUUUCUUUCAAGGAUUCCAGAGUCCAGAGUUCCCUCACACUAAAAACACAAUAUAUCCAAUGGGUGAUAAGCAUUUUCCACUUUCAAUUCAUUAAUGCUACUUGAAUUUGCAAGGCAUUUCAGACAAGCUAAUCUAAGUUGGGAAAUCAGGUUCUACUAGUCAUUAAGUAAUCAUGCUCUUCACCCAAAUAAGAAAAAAACAAGGGGACAUGAUUGUCAAGAAAAAUAAUAGUCAAGGACAACUUUCAUGAUCUCAAAAAUCUUAGAAAAAUCCCCAAAUUGCACAAACACUCCCCUCACCUCUUGUUCUUCAUGAUGUACAUUUCCAGAAAAAGGAAAAGGGAAACUUUUCAAAAGUCUCAAAUGCUGAACUGAUAUCUCAACUCUCAAGUAUUUAAUAAGUGCCAAGUCUGACUAAAGCUUUACCCAAAUUUCAUGUAUAUAUAUAUACAUGUAUAUAUACACACACAUAUACACAUAUAUGUAUGUAUAUCUAUAUGUAUACAAAUCUAUUGUUCUAAAAAAGCCACAUUAACUUCUUUAGAAGUAUUAGGAAAUAAUAUGAGGAAGUACCUCAAGUCUACCAUGUUAUUAAUAUUAUUAAAAGGUUUCCUGAUUGGUUGAUAUUGAAGCUGAGAUUGGAAGAGUGAAGCAUGAAUCCCAAAAUUAGCUUGUGUGUGUCUGAAAGGAAAGGUACCAUUUUUUUUCUUGGAAUAUAAAGAUGUAAUAGGCAUUCAGCUUAAGGAGACUCAGGAUAGGCCAGGGUACUCUUGGAUAAUUUUAAUUAAGGAUUUUUGUUGUUCAGUCAUUUCAGCUGUGUCCAACUGCUUGUGACCGCAUUUAG